AUGGCUCACUACCACAACAACAACGGGGCGUGGGCAGCUAGUCCCAGUGGUGAUAAUGAGGCUGGAGUCCAAUCCCAGCCGAUGGGCCUCAAGGUUCAUUAUACAUUCGACAAGGACAGCCAAGAACGCUGUCUAGCCCGGUGGCCUCAUACUCUGAACAUCCAGACAGUCCCGGUAGACGAGCGCAACUCAAUUGGUGUCGUUGACCUGCGAACAUGUCUUCAAGCCGUGGCCCAGUGCAGUCCGGAGAUUAUGGGGGAUGGAGACGUGGAUUAUACAGUAUAUGCCUUUGACUAUUCGGAACCAGACACACCACUUGUCGGGCAGGGCAUGUUGUCGAGAGCACUCAACCAGGGUUUUGAGGGGUCGAAUUCGCAGCCACAGCUUGUUACAGGACGGGUCACGCGGAACCUGCUCGCGAUAUUCGGCAAUGGUGUCCGCGAGACACUCGAGGUACGCCUCAAACUGACAGCAGUCAGUCGGCCUGCACAUGCAGCCCAGGUCAUCCGUGGUCACUCUCUGCCAGAACAGCGGCCGAACCCGGGCUUGCACCGCUCAAUGUCCACCAUGUCCGAAGCCAGUGAAUGGAACUCGUUCAUCCACUCGAACCCCAAUCUUGGUCAACCAUCCACGGGAUCUGCUACACAUUCUCCUGCCCUGGCACCAGCUCGGCCAUAUAACAACAGCUUUGAUGCUCGUAAUGAACCAAUGGCACCUGUGCCACAAAUUUCCCACGUGGGUCCUUCGAGCCGGCCAUCCUCGGUUGGCCCUACAAGAGAACUCGUUCCCAUCCAGGCGGCGCCUCCGCAUAUGAAUCAGAGCCGCCCUGGCCUUCCUGAGGAGGCUGCGCCGAUCCAGUCACUAGUCAAACCUGCGAAGCCUCAAUCAAGACCUUCUUCACGAGCCUCGAGUCGCGCGCCGACCGGCCGGCCAAGAGGACGCCCACGGAAGAAGCCACAACCUGUAGAGGGACACACAUCCGGGUACGAAGAUGGCACAGAUGCCGACGAUGGUCCACCAACCAAAAAGAGAGCAACGACUACGAAGGUUGAGCGCAGUAACACGGCCACGUUCGGUUCGGCCCCGGACUCACUUCGUGUAGCUGCGAGCACUUCUGGUUCGAUCAGAAACUUUCGGCCUAUUGUCCUCGGAGGCGAGGCGCAGAGUGGCGGUCAUCUACAGGAAAUUCCGAGAGCACCAACACCGGUGCCAAUUCCAAGAUUACCCAAUAGAAAGCUGGCGCCCACGAGCAGUCUAAGGCGGGAGUCUACUUCUGGCUCGACAGCUGAAAGACCAUUUACGACCUCAUAUCUCGACGUCAAUCGCUCCGCUACACAGAAUCAAGAUGGCCGCUCUCCCGAGUCGGCUGCGCCUUCGCCAUUCCAGAUCCACAGUGACGAGCCAAGCCCUGCCGAGAUUGGUUCUUCGCCGCCAGUACCUCGCUCAGCAAUGUACAGUAUGCGUUCAAGUCCAGCGCCAUCCAGCCCCAUCCUGCCACCGAUGCCCGCGUCCAUGCAGCAGGUUGACUCUGGUUUUAUGAGCGGUGGCAUUGACGAUGGUCGAGUGGAGGAUGACGAGCUUAGCAAGUUGCCCCCCACUACCGAUGCGCAGCCGCCUGUUAUCGCGAAGCCGAAGCCAAAGCGCAGCCGCUCCAAGAAACAGCCCGUAUCAAAGCAGAUUGAGAUGUCUGAACAGAACAAGGUACAAACUGGCGGCUCACUCGUCAUUCACGCGGAAACUCCUGGGCCGCCUGAGUUACUGCCUCAGACCUCCAUCUACAACCCUCCGCACUCAGUUGCCAAUCGAGCGCAGUCACAGCGCAAGGCCUCGCAGAAACCCAAUGCGCUUGCUGGCCCCGAGGCGUCAGGGGACACGGCGGCUGGAAAGUGCCAGCCAUCGGCGAUGUCACCUGUGGACCUGCCACCUCCUCGGCCGGUUGCAACCGCGCAGAUAGCAGACAGUGUGGCCGUCAUGUCCCCGGAUGAGCAGGCUUCGCAGAUUAUGUCACCAGAUGACGCAGGCUCGCAGGCCUGGUCUCCAGAGACUGCUAUGAUGUCGCAGGCAGAUCUACUGAAUCUCAUGCAGUCGCUUGAAGGUGGAUUCGGAGAUCGUACCGAGGCUCAGCAUCAUCUCGACAGUUUCCACUUUGGGGACGAGACCUUUACGCCAUUGGCCGACGAUACUCCCCAGGCCACCCAGCAGCUGCCAUUUCCGAGCGCCCCUACAGCAAAGCCUCAGCCAGUUCCAACUGCAGCCAAAAGCGAGAAGUCAGCCCCAGAACUCGAGCUCCCGGUGAUCCCGGCCAGCGAUCCAGUUUUCGGACAACUCUCUCUGCCAAUGCCGGCUUCGGAAUCUGCUCACCCGCGCACCGAUGCGCCUGAAGCGGACGGACGCUCGAAUAAGAACUAUGUCAAGCGGCAGGCUAUCAAGCAGAAGCUGGAGGAGGCCAUUCUUCUAGGACAAAUGCCGACAUUCUGCCGCAACUGCGGCGCGCUCCAGACACCGACGUGGCGCAAGAUUUGGAAGCAGACACAUAAAGGUAUUCCCGCGUACCACGAGUACUCCGAGAAGGCAGGUUGCGUCACAGCAAUCAACAUUUUGACUCGAGACGAGAACAACGUGUCCACUUCGUACGAGAUGAUCAAGAAAGCCCUGGGACCGACGGAUGACAAAUCCGAAUGGACCGAGAUCAGUCUUUGCAAUCCUUGCGGCAUCUGGUUCUCAAAGUGGAAGAAGCACCGGCCUGCGGAAAAAUGGGAGAAGGAUGAGUCUCGCCUCAACCAGACGCGGAAGAAGCGUAGUGCCGGCAGUGCUCCAGCCAGGAGCAAGAAGCCAAGGACCAAGAGCGAUGGGCAAAUGGGCCUGACUUCGGACGCCUGUUUACCCACGGAUCCUCUUGGUCCCCUCGAAGCACCGACAUCCCCCAAAGAGCAUAUCCAGCGGAGCAAGUCGGCCAACAGCGAGCAACAAAGCAGCAACGGCUCAGACACAGGCUCUGAGAGGACGAGGCAAAGAUCUGAUGGAGAGACAAAGUGCAUCUCGACUCAUUCUCGAGGCAGUGGUCGGGCGAACAGCCCGAUCGACCUGGACGACGGUCUUGGUCCGACGAGACGACUGCUCUUUCCCUCGCCCCGGAAAGAUGGAGAAACCAAAACUCUAGGCGAAGUUGCCGUUAACAUCGUGCAAACCUCACCGGAGUAUCUCGGCGACAAGAUGCGGGAUGGCGAGGAUGAGAAGGAAAACCAGCCGUCAAGCGCGAGCCGGGUCGCUAAUGACGACUUUGCGGAUCUUUUUGGCCCAACGCCCGCACGACCUUCGACACCGCCCCCCAAGUCUGCAGAGUCAAUGCCAUUCAAGACGCCUACGCGGCCACCCUCUCACCGGCCAGUGACUCGGAGCGUCACGCACUCGGUGCUUCGUUCUGGGCGAUCGCUCAAAUCUCCCAACCCUGCACUGAUGCUAGAGCGAACUCCGACACGGAGCGCGACCAAGACUCCCCGGUCUUCGGGUCGCAGGCGGACGCAGGCUGCUGCGCACAACUUAGACACCUUUGUCUUUGAUUCCCCCAUGACCAAGUCGAUCAAUCAGAUGCUGUCAGAGGCCAAUGGCUUCGAUGGCGAGCUUGACUUGAGCAUGCUAAACAGCGAUGACGCGACCCUCACGGUCGACGCCCAUUUUGACUUCAGCGCGCUUUUGAGCACUGAUGCGCCGAUGCCCAGCUCGCCACCUAUUUUACGCCAUGGCGGCACGUCUAUGGUGUCCUUUGGAGGCAGCCUGACUUACGAAGACACGAAUGCGAAUAUCUGGGGCCACAUUCCGGGCCAGGAAGACGCCGAGAAGCAGUGA